AUGGGUGCAGACAACCUCUCGGUACGACUGACUGGUCGAAGUGGUCGUGCAGAGACGCUGAACCCCAACCCACUCCAUGGAAACCAUCCCACUGCCGUGCCAGCUCUUGUACCAGUUGGGACGCCUCUGACAGAAUAUUUGAAGGCAGGCCAAAUGAUGCCAAUUCCCUUCCAAGCUGUCAGGCCUUCGAUGAGACCACCAGUGCCAGUCGAUCUCAAUGCACAACUUAGAAGUAGGUCCGACAUUAUUUCAGUCCCUUCACCAGCUUCCAGUCGUUCAUCGAGCCUGCCAACACGAAGAUCACCGCAUAUUAGUCCACGAAAAAGGGCUGAGGCCGAGCCAGAUGCAGUUCCGUCAUCCCCGUCCGGGCUUUUAUCAGCUACGCCGAGUGUGCCACAGACGUUUCACACGCCUUUAAAAAGAUCCCUAAGUGCAUUCCGAGCGUCCGUCGAGCCUUCGAUACAACUUCGUCAUCCAGCUCAGGCACAUGGCUGGUCUUCCACAAGCCCACCCGAUUCUGGAGUCCGCCCUAUCAAGAUCGGUAUUGAGAGCGAGUUCUAUCUAGAAGCCAGAAAUACAGCUAACUCCAGAGAUACCUUGGAAGAAUUCAUAGAUGUCCUCACAGCCAAUCAUAACAGACAGUUGCCAGCACAUUCUCAGAUGCGGAGAACUCUCAGACCUUAUGAAUAUAGUGGUAACUACUAUGGAAAAUGGUGUUUUGUCAAAGAGCCAACCAUCGGCACCGUGCAUGAACCAUGGGGCAUUGAGUUAGUAUCACCUAUAUUUUGGGCGUGUCCUGGUUCCACGUGGCGGAAGGAAGUUGAAGCGACUUGGGAAUAUCUCGAACGGCAGUAUAGCAUCACGAAAAGCACCUCUUGUGCGACGCAUAUUCAUGUUUCGUUCCAGCCACCAGGCAUAUUCACACUGGAAGACAUCCGGCGGAUCGCACUUGCAAUUUUACACUUCGAAACAGCCUUCGAAGUCCUGAUACCGCCAGACCGUAGACGGAACCCUUAUGCCAAAAGCAAUUGGCUUGUCGGCCAACAUUUGGGGCUGAAGAACAAAUCUCGACCAGAAUCUAUGGCUGCUAUAAACGAUGCGACUGACAUGAUACAGUUAAUACAUUUGAUGCAACCCGUCUACGAUAGGGGCUAUGCUUGGAAUUUCAACAACUUAUUUGACAGCAAACGCACAAUCGAAUUCCGCAAACCUCCAGGAAGCACAACAGCGAACCAGGCUCUAGCGUGGGCUGAGUUGGCAUUGUCAUUCGUCCAAGCAGCUGUCAGAUAUGGCACUCUAGAAAAACUGCAGAAAGUGCCAUCCACUGUGAGAGGUUUAUAUUGGUUCAUGGAGCAAGCAAUCGUACCUGGCAUGAACGAGCCUGGUCGGUUGGAACGCUUAUUCGAUGGCACAGCUCCGGACGUGGCGCUAGAGCCUCAAGGGAUACGUUUGGAUUUAUCGUACAGAGAGGAACGGCAGUGGGAUGAGGCGAGUAAAAGGAAGACGGCAGCAGAUGAAAGGCGGGUUAUUAUGCAUGCAAAGACUGUGCAAGAUCCAUAUUGGUAG